AUGGAUGGAGAUGGGGAGGACAGUGCUAACUGUGAUGGUUUGCAUAAGCAUCCGCGAUCACCCUCCAAUAGUGAGGGCAACAGCCACAAACAGAUGUGCGAUUCUGAGGACUCACCUUCAUCCCAGCAACAGUGUUUGCCACAAAAAAUCCAAUGGAGUAAAGGCCAAGUUGCAGCGCGUGAUUACAAGGUAGCUGUGCAGCAGCUAAUUAAAUUUUCCAUUAGCUCUUUUUGUGCCCGCCUUGCUUCUGAGUAUGCGUAUCCAGACCGCAUGACUCAAGUAUUGUGGGCAAAGGAGGCAUGGAAGGAGAGAUGUGCGUCUUACGAGAUCGAGAUGGCCUUCAAUAGCGAGAUCAUACAAAUUAUUACUUGUCGCAUGUCACAUCUCACCAGUCAGGUGAAAGGAAAGGUUCAUUCACUUAUCGAGAAUAUUUACGGCUUCGAGCACGGCAGUCGGGAGUCUGUCAAGUCCAGGAAUCGCAGACUGGCCUGUCAGCUCAAGAACAAGUUUGGUCUAUGUUACCGGAACCUCGGAGACAAGAAAACUAAGGUCCCUCGCAGCAGGCUUUUUCACAUGAAGUUGAAUCAGAAAGCAGAAAAUCUGCUCUGGUAUAGUAACAAGAAAGACGAAGGGGUAAUGUUUGAGAAGCUUUUUACUCUGUUUCCCAUUCCUGCCUUGGCAUUAGUGUAUGCAGCGGCAGAAUAUUGUGUUGACGAAUGGGUUGACGGCAAGCGGACAGAUAUUAGUUUUUCGUGUGGUGAGUACAAGGAGGCUUAUGACAAGCACCUUGCUAACCUCAACAAAUUCCACUUGCGAACAAAGGACCACGGCAUACUCAAUGGUAUCCUGAAGGAGAUUAAUGAUAAUGGGAGAAUCCAUGCAAAAGUAGAUCUGGCUGAUGUCAGAGAUGCAGACUGUCUCUCGGAUGAUGAGAUUCACAAUGUCAUUCGCAAAUAUCAGCAGGGCAGUGGUGUGAAUGAGACUGGUGAUGAGGAUGAAAAUGAAGGUAGUCAAUCUGAGGAUAACAGAUGCGAAGAUGAGUAG